AUGGCUCUCUCAGUGAAGGGAAGAUCUGCCAUAAUAACUGGAGCUGGCUCCGGCAUCAACUUCAGUUUUGCCAAAUUGCUAGUGGAAAACGGCUGCAAUGUCCUAAUCGCAGAUCUAGCCUUGCGUCCCGAGGCGCAAGCGCUAGCUGAUAAGCACAAGACCGGUCCCGCACGAGUGGUCUUCCAAGAGACUAAUGUGGUUGACUGGGUCCAGCUCGAGCGGAUGUUCGAAGUUGCGGAGAAGGAAUUCGGAGAGAUUGACAUUGUGUGCCCGGGGGCGGGAGUCUACGAGCCGAACUGGAGCAACUUCUGGCGCCCGCCUCACUCAGCCGAAAGUAAGGACCCAUCCUCUGGCGGCCGGUACGCCUUGGUUGAUAUCAACAUCACCCACCCGAUCCGCACGACGCAGCUGGCGAUUGCUCAUUUCCUGAACAAUCGUGCCAGCGGUGGCCCGAAGCAUAUCGUUCAUAUCUCAAGCAUUGCAGGACAGAAUGCGAUGCUCUCGACUCCGAUUUACUGCGUCACGAAGCACGCUAUUAACGGCUUCGUGCGCUCGCUCGCCAAGCUUGACAAGAAGCUUGGGAUCCGAAUCACGGCUGUGGCUCCUGGUCUUAUCAAGACACCGCUCUGGACUGAUCAUCCGGAGAAGUUAAAGAUGAUCAGUGAUAGUGCCGAUGCGUGGGUAACGCCUGAAGAAGUGGCGGAGGUGAUGUUGGCGCUUGUGCAGCAGGAACAGAUAGCAAAUAUCAAGAUGGAGGAGGCCGCGCUCGGGGUUGGCUCAUCUGGGGGACACCAGAAUGCGAUGCGAAGGCGUGCAACCCGCGGAAGACCUGGAGAUGUUGUGGGCGAGGCCAGUUGGACCAGUAGUGUGAUCAACCUGGUCAACACCAUUAUCGGUGCUGGUGUGCUUGCGAUGCCCCUUGCCAUUUCCCGUAUGGGAAUCGUCCUCGGUGUCUGCGUGAUUCUGUGGUCUGCAGUCACAGCAGGAUUCGGCCUUUACCUGCAAUCACUAUGCGCGCAAUACCUAGACCGUGGAAGCGCCUCAUUCUUUGCGCUAUCGCAAUUGACAUACCCCAACGCGGCCGUGGUCUUUGACUGUGCAAUUGCGAUCAAAUGUUUCGGCGUCGGCGUCAGCUAUCUCAUCAUCAUUGGAGAUCUCAUGCCGGGGGUGGUACAAGGCUUCGUCGGCAGCGAGCCAGGAUACGAUUUCUUGGUGGACCGCCACUUUUGGGUUACAGCUUUUAUGUUGAUCGUGAUUCCUAUUUCCUAUCUGCGCCGCUUAGAUUCUUUAAAAUAUACCAGUGUUGCGGCCUUGAUGUCUAUGGCCUAUUUGGUUGUCUUGGUUGUGUAUAAGUUUGUCCAAGGAGACACAAUGGAGGAUCGAGGCCCGAUUCGCGUGGGCCAUUGGGCGGGUGCAGUGCCGACUCUCAGCAGUCUGCCAGUUAUUGUUUUUGCAUUUACCUGUCAUCAAAACAUGUUUUCCAUCCUCAACGAAAUUGCCAACAACAGCCAUUUCCGCACAACUGCCGUUGUCUUCGCGAGCGCCGGUAGCGCAGCUGCAACCUAUAUCCUCGUCGCUAUCACCGGGUACUUAUCAUUUGGCAACAGUGUAGGCGGCAAUAUCGUCGGCAUGUACCCACCCGGCGUGUACGCAACGAUCGGCCGCGCUGCAAUCGUCAUGCUAGUAGUUUUCUCCUAUCCACUACAAUGCCACCCGUGUCGAGCCUCAGUCGAUGCUGUCCUAAAAUGGCGUCCCAGACCACAAAUCAGUCGCACAGAGAGCUCUCCAAAUCGAUACCCACUCCUAGGCCCGCGCGGAAACCGCACGCCAGAGCCAAUGAGCGAUCUUCGCUUCUCCAUCAUCACAACCACUAUCUUGAUUCUGAGCUACGUAGUUGCCAUGACGGUGUCCUCCCUUGAAUCUGUGCUUGCAUAUGUCGGAAGUACGGGCAGCACGAGCAUCAGCUUCAUCCUCCCGGGCUUGUUCUACUAUAAGAUCUCCUCGCCCGACUCGCCUACCUACCGAGGCUUUAUGAAGGAGGAUGAUGAGGCGGAGGAUGAUCUUUUGGGAGAAGACGAAGGUGAUGAUGGCGAGGAUUCCCUUGCUCGCUCGUUGACCGAAAGUCGCCAUUUACUCCGUGGCACCCGCCACUGGCGCAAGACACUGCUUCGCCGACUCAGUUUGGCGUUGGCACUCUACGGCCUCCUGGUUAUGGUUGUGUGUCUGGUUACGAACACAUUCUUUAAAGCCUCGCAUUAA